AUGUUGUCCUACGAAAACCGUUCGAAUAUGGCUCAACCAACUUCAACCAUGACUGACCAUUUAUCCAUAUCCGCUUCGGCGUCAAACUCGAAUUCAUUGACCGGCUCAUCAAGACAACCCAAGACAGGCCAUUCUCACAUUUGGUUGAUUACCGGUCCUGCUGGAUGUGGCAAAAGUACAGUGGCUCAAUAUGUUGCCAAUGCUAUGAACUUGCCAUAUAUUGAAGGAGACGAGUACCACCCACAGUCAAACAUUGAUAAAAUGGCUCAAGGCACACCCCUUAACGAUGCCGAUCGCUGGGACUGGCUCACCAAACUCCGCGACGAAUCUGUCAAUCGUUUGAACACCGGUUCUCAAGGCGUUGUCCUUACCUGCUCAGCUCUAAAACGCAAAUACCGCGAUGUCAUCCGUGUAGCCUCCUACUACGAUCACAAUGUUCUCGUUCAUUUCGUAUACUUGCAUGCUAGUGAAGAAACAUUAUUGGAGAGAGUUGGUGCUCGAAAGGGUCAUUUUAUGGGAGCGAAUAUGGUCCAUAGUCAAUUUGGUAUUCUCGAACCACCUACGAAAGAUGAAACAGAUGUAAUUCAGGUGGACGUCAGCGGAUCGAUAGAAGAAGUCGAGCAUGAUGCGUUGGCGAAGAUUCAAUCAACGAUACAAAACUAA